UGGGCUCACAGAGAGAUCACCUGUGAGGAGGACUACAUGGAGGUAAACGUGAACAGAGACUCGUCAUGUGGAGGACUGCAGGGAGAAGGUGGACAUGUGUGGCAGACGGCGCUCUCUCAGGCUCAGAGGACCGCUAGUUCAGUCUGGCAGCUGAUGGUCCUGAUGAGUGAUGGACAGGUGUCCUCCAUGUCCAUCAGUGAAGCCCAGAGGUGGGGCUUCAGCCUGACCACCACUGCCCAGAGGAUAGUGCUUCGUUCUCAGUACAAACAGCCACAUGGCGAGCUGACGACCAUGGACGGCGUCCCUGUCGAGGUGGUGCGGGUCUCUGUGUUCAGUAAGGAGAAGCUGACCAUGGUGAUGGUUGAUGUGUCCAUGGCCUGCACACUGAAUUCAGGUUCUUUUGAUGGCAGCCAGCUGCUGUGGGAGGUCCCCCUGGUCAUGGCUCCUCUGGUCGGAGAGGGAGUGGGCUUUGAAAGUAGGAGCCUUGGUUUGGGGGUGGAGGGGCUGCUGCUGGAUAACCCCAAUGCAAACGCUGGAGGAUUCAGCCUGGUCCAACAAGGAUCUUUGGUACAGAUCAGGGCUCCUUUUGGGGCGGAGGGGGGCUACAGAAAGGGCUUGGUGUUGAACAACACGUACAAGGAGACGUAUGUGAUCUCUCUGCUGUACGAGCACGUCUUCUCUCUGCUGUUUGAAGACGGCAGCAGCAUCAACACUAAACACAGGACGUUCAGAGUGCUCGACACACCGCUGAUCUGCCGCCCACCCUUCAGCCUCGACCAGACUUUGAAUGAUGACAAGUUGUUCAGGGUCUACCUGGGAAACAUUCCUGCUGAUGCCACAUUACAGGAAGUCCUGAUCAACGGAGAGCAGCUUCUGUCUCAGAGCGCUGAACAAGGCUACAUGAUCAGCUCUGUUGUCCACGCUAACGGCAGCCAUGCCUACCAGCUCCAGCUGCUCUUCGAACACCCAGUCGUCCAAGUGAUGUACCUGGGUCAAGGUGUGGUGCAGUACUCCGCAGAUAUAAACUUCACUCUGACCAUCAUGCCCCAGGGAGACUCGUUCUACCACCACACGUUCCUCACAGCACAAGUUACCAACACAUUCCCUCCAGAGAUUACAGCGCAGUGUUCAGACGGAGGAAUCACCUUCAGUGUGGUCAGACCGCUGCGAGCUGAGAGUCUGUGGGAGGUGGGUGUUGACCAAGAGCCUCUGACAUCAGAGCUGGCAGCUCAAAGAGGGUACAGACUCUACAGCGAGAGUCCCCACAAGACCACGCUGGAAGUCCCCCUGUUCUCCAUCGGCUACACCUACGAGGAAAUCAACCUGUCCAACUUUUAUGGAACCUUUGGGCUUCUUCUAAGAGACUCCAAAACUUUGGAGGUCCAGACAUCCACGUCCAAACGCUGCCUCUUUAAAACACAGGACAUGAUCGUCUGUUCGUCAGAUGGGACCAUGACAGUGGCGACCACUCCAACCUCCACCUGGCCUACAGUACAGCCUGAAAGAACCACUCUUCUGGACCCCACCUGUAGACCCAAAGAGAUGGACAGGUCCAGAGUCCUGUUUGAGUUCAACGUUAACUCGUGUGGGACCAGAGUCAUGGCCGGGGACUCAUACAUGGUUUAUGAGAAUGAAGUCGUCCAUGACAGACAGAUGAUUGCUGAUGGACCUAACUUCAUCUCCAGAGAAUCUCAGUUUAAGUUGACCGUGAGGUGCUUCUAUCCACUGAGCCAAGUCAACAGACUGUCUGUGGACAGGAUCUUCACAUCAGACACUCCAGGAUUUGGUUCAGUCAAAAUCUUCCAGAGCCUUAAAGAAGACUCAGAUAAUAAACUUCCGGCAAAAGACUGUUUGCUUCAGGCUCCUGGAAACAAGGCCAACACCCCAACAGACCAGGUCCACCAAACUCCUGAGGCAGGAAGUGACCCGCCCCACUAUGGUAUAAGACCUAAACCAGGUCCCAGUCAUUUCAUUACAGUACCCGGAGGACAAAGCAAGCUGCUCUACUCCCCCCAAAACCUCCAAAACUUUCCAAACCUCAACCUCCUCCUUCCUCAUGAAGGCCCAACCAUCAGUACUCAGGAAGUCCCCCUGCAGGUCUCAUUUCCUGCUAGCAGUCUCAUGUCCCAGACUGAGGAACAACCUGUGUUCAGAUCACCAACUGAAGACCAACUCAGCAACUUUCCUCCUAGGUAUAACAAUUUACCAGACCACGGUGUCCAGCAGUCAAACCUCGACACACACAGCUUUAGCUCAGGACAAGAUCCACAGAACAAUCCAGGACUAUCUGAGGACAACCUGGCCUUAGGUUCCACUUCCUCCAGCAAGGUCCCGGGUUCUCUUGAUGUUGGACAGGUAGAAGCUAACUGGGGACGCACUGAGCAGAGUUCAGGUGAGGUGGUGUGGCCCUCCCGCCCCACAUGGGACCAGCCCAAUCAACAAGGUUUGAUCCAGAACAAUCAAGACCUGCAGAGUCCUCCUGGAAUGCAAGAACUGACCCAAUAUAAUGUGGCCAAUCUGGAUUCAGGUCUUUCCGGCUACUCAAGUGGUGGGCAAGAAAUGGCAAAACCUGAAGAGGUACCAGGAAACCAGCCUCAAAGCAAGUAUGAUCCUUCUCUAGGCACUCAGCUCCACAACAUUGGCAGCAGUAAAGUCCUCCUGCCCAGCAGAAACAGGAAAUAUAUCCAGUCUAACACGAAGCCCAGAACGUCCCAAAACCCCAUCCCUGCCAGGGGGAGGUGUGUGAACACUGCAGCAUCGUCUCUUUCAACCAGUCAGCCCAACCAAAACCCAGAAAGACCCGGUUCCUUGGAAAGAAGGAACACCGAGAGCAGUCGGUCUGGAGUGCAGAAAAUUAGAGUUAAACCUCUGAGCAAAUUAGUCUCCUCUGGACAUAAACUCAACCAGAAACCUGUAAACCAACAAGUACCCAAUACCUCAAUGUAUGCCACUGGUCUGACUGCGGAGAGAAGUGAUGGGAACCACCAGACGUCCCAACAUCCUCCUGAACUCGCAGGUUCAGACGUGAGAAUGGAACGUGUGCAGAACCCAACACUGACGAAAGAACAGAUGUACCACGGUGUCCAAGGUCAGCCGGAUCAAUCUGCGGUGAUCGACUCUAACUAUUGGUCCCAAAACAAGCAAGAUCUGGUCCAUCAAGUGACCACCCAGCAAGGACCCCAGCAGACGGUCAUUCAACCAACAGGAGAGUCUCAUAGCCGAGUCAGACUGUUUUCUGGCCUUCAGGAAAGAUUCCCAAACGACCAGAAGCCCAAACAGCAGAACCUUCAGUACCCCAGCAUACAGUCUGAAACCGGAGGAGGAACCAGUCGGCCCUCCUUCCUCGGCGUAUCUGCUCAACACAUUUCAAACAGUCCUGAAAACCAACCAAACAAUCCCACCAGGAGCUCGGAGAGGAGACCUGCUGCAGGGGCAGCCGGGGUUACUGGUUCCAACAUGGGUUUGAAUGGUUCUAGUGGUUCAGGAUCACAUCAGAAGAUCCACACCAGUUCUGACUGCAGCCGGCACAGCCAGUACGGCUCCAGUGUUCACAACGGCAUCAUGAGAGGUAAACAGAUCAGCUGAUGAAGAACAGGAACCUCUGUCUGCAGAGUCUGAUUUAAUAAAGCUUCUGUUUGUAUAAGACCU